AUGGGGAUGUUAGAUCUCUCAACGUUCUCCUUGGUGGAGGUGUAUUUGCGCCUUCCACCAUCUCCUCUGAAGGAGGUUCUUGUUGCAACUGCUGACGUGCUUGAAGUACCGUUCCUUUACGGGUUUGAAUUCCGCACCUCUGUUGAUUUAAGCACAUUACCAAACCCUACUAAGAAAGAUGGCAAGCAUGUUGUUGUCUUACAAGAGGCGUUUUAUUUGGAAGGACGCGAGAUUUGGCAGUUUAGCCUUGGUCGCUUAGAUUUCAAAGGAAUCAAUUUUAAUGAUACAAAGAAAACCCUAGAGCAACAAUGGCAGCUUGGUGAUGGCCGAGUUCAGUUUGUUUCUCUGAAUAGGGGUUUCUUUAUUGUCAAGCUGAAGUCACAAGAUGAUAAGAACAAGAUUUUUGAAGCUGAAUCAUGGAUGGUUGAUCAACAAAAGUUAAGUUUAAUGGAGUGGUACCCUAGUUUUGACGCUGAUAGACGGAGAACUUCUCACGCUACAGUUUGGGUUAAGUUCCCUGGUUUACCUAUGGAAUUUUUGAUCGGAAAAACUUUGCUAGGUAUGGCAAAAUCUGUGGGAACUCCUAUAGUGGUGGAUAAACGCACAUUGGCUCAUGAAUAUGGUUACUUUGCUUCAGUUUUGAUUGAUAUCAAUUUUGCUGAACAUGAUAUGGAUUCAAUUCAUGUUUCAGUGGGAGGAUUGGACUUUUGGAAAUCUAUUGAUAUUCCUAAGAAACCUAAAUUUUGUUCGAAGUGUAAUAUUGUUGGACAUGCUGAUUCAGAAUACAAGCACAAGCACAAAAACAAUAAUAAUUCAGGGCAGCUAUAG